GUGAACCUGUCCGACUGUUAACGAACGAACACUCAGUAAAAUUAGCUUGUGAUUAUUGUUAUUAAAUCGUUAUAUCUUUUAGCACGUGUUAAGUUUUACUUGGAAAAUAGUAAAGAUACAUUAUUGGCGACGAGGCAAAUACUUAAAGAACAGCGGGAUUCCGGGUAAUUAAGAACUUUUGCAUUUGCCAGUUUGGCAACCACGUGCUAUUGAAACAUCGUAUUUCACAACUGAGAUCGUCUAGAGUACGUUCGUAGGUGCAGAUCGACCAGCACAGAUUAUUUUUAAACAAAUUUGAGCCAGUUUGGCAGUAUUAAUUUGUUUAAGAAGUGUUUCUCUUGAAAAGAAAAUUGUUGCUGUGACGUCACGAGUUUAUGAGCACACAGGUGAACAUGUACUAGCGUUUUCGCAGUUUGCGGAGGCGCACAGGGGUACGUCGCAGUUUGCGCACAGGGACUUCUCGCAUUUGCAGUUUUCGGGGGCACACAGGGUGUUUUUUUGCAGUUUGCAAACAGAUACUAUGCUGCAGUUGUAAAGACGGAGGGAGUUGAACUUGGCUGUUCGUAUACUUCUGACCAGUUUGGUUGGUAUGGUGGGCUAUUGUUGCAAUUAAUUAAGUGAACAUUGGUUAACAAUAUUAUUCAACAUAAUUUGGUUUAAAUACAUCGAUUGGACUAUUUAGGUAAUUUUUAUUUGAAAAUAAGAAUACAAUAAGGCGAAAACAAUAAAACUCUACUUUCGGUUCAGUUGUGUACCAUAUAAGGAAAAACUAUUGUUAUAACGAAUCAUGAAUGGUUUAACGUGGUUAUCCGAGUAUUCAUUCUAUAUCGGUCUCAUCAUAUUCGCCUUAUUGUUUUUCCUAAAUAAAAAAUGUGGGUUUGAAUUCAUGACACUUCCCACAAGAGCUCAGUCACACUCAACACGUGAUAACGAUGAUUUAAACUUCUGCAGUGAUCCGAACUGUGUAAGAUGCUAUAAAUACACAGGAGUUUUAUGCAAGACCCGGAAUUGCCUUGAAGAUGUAUCUGAAAAACAAAUAGCUUCUGAUAUUAAAAGCGGAAUCAUAAGCGGUAGAUAUGAUGAUGAAGAGCAGCAGCCCAUUAAAAAAGAUAAGAAAAAGCAGUCAAGACAAGAUGAAAGGCCCUGUAAGCCCUCAAUUUAUAGCCAGGGGGUUGAACAGCCGUUGAAGAAACAAUUUAGAACAAAUGAGAGCAGUGACUCGGACAAUGAAUCAGCGGUGCGGGUGGAAAAGAGGCAAAGGGGAAAUCACUCCAAGACUUUUGAUCAUUUUAGGCGUCGUCGGUCACAGGAUAGGGUAUCAGAGGAAGACGACGACAGUGGCUCGGGAAAUGAAGACGACAACAGACGGUCAGUUCGUAAACAUUCCCGCUACAGUCAUGCUCCAUCUGGUGGUAGGCCAUCACAAAAGCCAAAGCACAGGAAUCACUCCAGCGACUCCAGUUCGAGAUCAGGGUCAAGACACGGUGUUUCAAGGAGGCGGCAUCGUCAUGUACAAGGUCGUCACAGGGCAAGGUCAUCACAAUCAAGGUUCUAUUACAGUUCCAGUUCAGAAUCUGAUAGUUUAUCAGAGAAUGAAUAUCACUCUAGAGUCCACGGUGAUCCAAGGAGGCAGCCAAAGAACCUACGAUAUGAUGGACGAACCAGUUGGCUGUCAUUCAAGCAAAAGUUCAACAGCUAUCGGAAAGUCUACAAAUGGUCUGAUCAUGAAUGCCGUGAUUACCUGAACUGGUGCCUCGAGGGGAAGGCUCUCGAUUACUUCACUAUUGAGACGCAUAUGGGAGAAAGUUUUUCUUUCCGUGACAUUAUGCGAAAGAUGGAAAGGCGCUUUGGUUCAAAGGAACUACCUGAGACAAGUAGAGCUAAGUUCCAGCAGGCUACACAGCAACCGGGGGAAUCGUUAGAAGAUUGGGCGGAUAGAGUGUUAACUCUGGCAAUACCUGCUUUUAGGGACCUUCCUGAUCAGUUUGGUCAAAGGGAGGCAGUUUCAAAGUUCUGUCAAGGUUGUAUUGACAGUGAAGCAGGGAAACACGCCUGUUUUGAACGACCACGAUCUAUUCAGCAAGCUGUUGAUCUGGUACGACACCAUCAGUAUGUCACUCAAGUGGUGGAUGGCAAGAAGGCUAAGCAAUAUGAUCAAGGAAUAGCGGUCAAUGCGGUUCAGUCCCCGUGUGAUGUGAGAUUAGAAAAACUGGAAAAGGCGAUCGAGCAGCUGACUUGUAAGUUUGAAGCUAGUUUAGCAUCAAACAGUGCAAGAAAUAACGAGGAUAUGACGUUCCCACAGAGGAUUUUCAGAUGUUUUCAUUGUAAUGGCAGGGGCCAUAUAAAAAAGAAUUGUAAGGUGCACCAGGAAUCCCUUAAAUCAACGUCUGAAGGUCAAGUGGCUGAAAAGAGUCCACAGAAGACUAAACUCCAAAGGGCCGGUAGCGAAGGCCAGGCACCGCAGCCCGAUGUAGCAAGAGGCCAUUUGUUAGUGCCGGUUGAAGUGCAGCAGGAUGCUUCAUCUGGAUUGGCGGCUGAAAAGGAAGGGAGCAAAUCCGUGUCAGCAAGUGGAGUGGAGACCAUAGCAGUCAUGGUUGUGACGGCAGGGUCUUCGUAUGUGAAUAUGUUGGUAGGAGACCGUCAGGUUAGGGCUCGGGUAGACUCUGGAGCGGAUAUAUCUAUACUGUCUUCAGCAGUCUAUGACCAGUUAGAGCGGAAACCAGGCAAGGUCAGGGAAAUCAACAUGCAGCUUGCUGAUAAGAAUUCGGUUCUCAAAGGAUUUGUGACACAGCCUUUACACGUACAGCUUGGAAAGCAGUCUUCCAGGGAAGGGGUAUGUGUAGCGCCAAUCAGUGAUGAGAUGUUGCUGGGACAUGACCUGCUGCGGCACUUCAAGGCAUUGAUUGAUCUGCACUCGGACUGCCUUUUAAUCAAUGGCGAAAGAAUACCUUUGAAUACAACAUUCAGAGAUAAACCGGUGGUAGCAAAAGUCAUCAUGUUCAAACGAACAGUGGACAUAGGUCCGGAUCCGGAUAUCCUGUCAGGAACGCCAAUUCCGAGAAAGGGUCAUAAAAAGUCAUCGACGGCAGUUUGCCCGAUGGAUGUCAGUUCUUCCAGCGGUGACAAGGUAGAAGCUACUGUUGGGGUCCAAGAGUGUCACUUCUCGGACAAGAAGGCAGAAGGUCAUACCGAGUCCUGGGCGGUUGGAUGUCUACCUUUGGUAGGGGUCGAGGGCGAUCAGUCCGAGGAUACAAGUCCUGUUCGGAGUCGCACGACCACCAGAAGAGACGGGGUCGAGGGCGACCAGUCCGAGGAUACAAGUCCUUUACGGAGUCGCACGACCACAAGAAGGGACAGUUCGUCCCAGAUCCAGAAGAGCUUGGAGAGCCAGCGCCAGGUGGAUAAGUGUACAAGAAACCACACCUGUCGUGUCCCUGGGUGUGACAGCGUGGGGGUUAAAUUUGAAAAGGUCCAUGCGCCAACAGUUUACGAUAGACAGUUGGCCGAUCCAAGCGGCCAGUUAGCUCAUGUUUUCAAUCGAAUGGAAUCGGCUAGUCAGCCUGAUUCAUAUCCGUGGGAUCCGGGGGGCGAGCCGUUCACUCAGUCGUGUCGGGUGUUGGCUGGAAGUUUUUCCCAACACCCACUUUUGUUACAACAGGAGUGAAUUCACGCUCCUUACUUCACUAGGCCCUAUCAUCGAUUUCCGGCGCCAACGGAAGAUGGGGAUGUGACUGCGAUGUUGGCGGAACUUCAGGGGGUGACAACGCAGCACAUCCUGAAAGUCACCACGAGAAACGCAGUCAACCUGUCUGAUGCGAUCUCCACAGGGCAGGUUGCCCUGUAGAUCUACCUCGGAAAUCGAUGGUCCCCAAUAUACGCCAGUUUGGCAAUCCAGGAUUUGCACAACAAACCACAACCAGAUAAAUGGCAGAAUAUUGUUUCGGGCGGUGGUACCUGGUCCGGGGAGCGGUUCCAACAAUAAAGACGGGGGGAGUGUUGUGGCUGACCUGGAGAGUUGCGUCUGACCCAUCGGAAGCGCGUUGCGCAUGCGUAUGGAGGGGACGCCGUGAACCUGUCCGACUGUUAACGAACGAACACUCAGUAAAAUUAGCUUGUGAUUAUUGUUAUUAAAUCGUUAUAUCUUUUAGCACGUGUUAAGUUUUACUUGGAAAAUAGUAAAGAU